UGGCACCAACUCAUUGGAAUCUACUGUAUGCUGGAGAGUGUGUUCAAGGGCAAGCCCAUCUUACUGAUGGAUGGAGUGGGACUGGGGAAGACCCUUCAGGUGCUUGGUGUGAUUGUGUGUCUCACUUACUAUUGGUAUGUCUACAUGAAGAAGAAGGCAUUUCCAGGAGAUUUUGCUGGUCAAAAAUUCAACACUCCAGAUGGUAAUGUCCCAGACUUGUCACAUGUGAUUGUAUGCCCUGUCAACCUGAAGCAGCAGUGGGAGAGUGAGAUCCAAUGUUUCCUAGUGCCAGCCUCUUUUGAUCUCUUUCCAUACACCAGUCAUUUG